UCAGUCUCCAGUACGCCCACGCGUUGUGCUCUGUGCAGCCAAUCAGUGGCCUGCAACCAGGCGACAGCCAGUUUUUGCUCCAUGAAAGCCCAUCUCCUCUUCCACUUGGGUAUCUUUCUCACCUGCCCACAGUGUGGUUUUACGCCACCGCCCACGCUCACUCCCGAUCUGGCCGAGCUCUGCUUACGACUACAUCUGCGGUUCGUCUGUUUCCACUUCAACGUCGUACAGAAAUACCUCUGUUCGUGGCCCGAGUGUUGGAAGAAGACCUUCACAAGCCUGCAGAACUUUAUAAAGCACUGGCUUGAGGUCCAUACCCCAUCUCGCUUUGCUUGUGUUCUCUGCCUGCGGAUAAAUAGUAAUAAGGAUGCAAACCGUGACUCAGAGGGGAAGCUUGCUGUCACAGGAGACCAUUUAAUCAAUGGCAAUACCAACGGCCCAACAACUAACGGUACAAGAACCCUCGAGGCGGCAGCACGCAUUUCAGGGCGUACGCCUGUUACUGGGGCCUUUAAAUUCGUGGAUGAGUGUGGCGUCUUCAAACAUCUGCGAACUGAGCAUCAGAUUCCUGAGCAACAGCUCACCUCCAACCCCAAAGACUUCUGCAUAGUCGGACGCGCCUGUUCUCAUUGCAGUUUAGUUUGCUCAUCUACUGUCGAUCUGGCAAACCAUUUCACAGUAAGUCUUCCCCCUGAUCUCAGCUUUCUCACCCUGGGUUUCACCCUCCUCCCUCCCUCCCUCGCCCCGACCCCUCCUCUUCCCUCCUCACGCUCCCCUUCUUCCUCACUCUUUCGUUUUUUGUUGUAUCUUAUUGCUUAA